UCUCGCGCUCAGGCCCGGCGAAAUGGGCGAGCAUAACCUCCUCAAUAGCGGGUUUGUGGGACCUUUGGUGAACAUUCACACCGGAGACGCGUUUUACCUCCACAACUUCCGGUCAUCUGCGGCUCUUCCUUCCCUCCCUUACGCGAGACGGGACAAUGUUUGGACUCAACCGGAGCCGUGCAACGGAUACAUGCAGCCGUUUUUUGGCAACCCGGUGUCCCUGAACCCCACGCUUAACCGAGCGUGCGAGAUUGCGCGGCAAGAAGAGACCAAAUGCUUUUACAGUGGAAGUGGAGGUGGAGGAGGUAACAUCCGGGAGAACUGUGCCAACGUUAAACGAGAUGACAGGACGAGAGACGACUCCUCUGUGCCCGUAGUGAGAGACCACGGACUGGCAGAUGCUAGCAUGAUGGGCUACGGAUACGUUACAGAGCAAGUGAGCCAGAAUCCUCCAUCCUGUCACUCCAUGCAGUCGGAGUCGGGGUCAUCGCACCACGAAACGGAAAAAGUGUCGUGCAACAUCGCUCAUUCCUUAGGACCUCAUGCAUGCAGCACAAACCAAGCUGGAGGUGCUCCGUGGUACCCGGCGCACGCGCGGAACCGGAAGAAGCGGAAGCCCUAUUCCAAACUGCAGCUGGCCGAGCUCGAGGGCGAGUUCAUGCUCAACGAAUUCAUAACGCGACAGCGGAGGAAGGAGCUUUCCGACCGACUCAAUUUAUCCGACCAACAAGUGAAGAUCUGGUUUCAGAACCGACGAAUGAAGAAGAAAAGACUGAUGUUGCGAGAACAGGCUCUGUCUUUCUUUUAGGGAAAGAAUAGCAGUGAAUGAAAUAACAGCAAAAACAAACAAGCAAACAAACAAACAAAAAUCCACCGUUUAAACAACUCUUUCAAUGUAGAACUGACAUCAGUGGUGUUCGUUUCUGCUCAUGUGGGUUUAUAGAAACACUGAAGGUGUUAAUAAAGUACUGUGAAAAGUUAAUUCAGUUAUGUAGGUGUUAACGCUGUAGAAUUGUUAUAACUUUUACGCGUCAGGACGCAGAUACACAGCGAAAUCCCGAGUGCUGGAUUAAAAACUAAAGCGCUCUUAACUCGCAAAGUCUAUCAGUGUUGAAUUAACUCCUCUAGUGUUGAAUUGCGCAAGUGAGCACUGUAAGAGUUAGCCUCUAAAACACCUACAAUGUUAGACUAGAAGAAGACUGGAAUACAUAUAGAUUUGAUCAACAGAUGUAAUGGACGUCUCACUCGAAGGCAUCUAGAACCCUCAAAGUGUCCCUUUUGUAGAACCCUUCCAGGUAGAACGCUACAACUGAGGGUUUUUUCCCUAUCAGAUUCCAAAUAUAACCAUUUAAAGAUUUUCCCAAGUGUAUCAAUUCAAACAAGCAAACAAACCAAUCAAAUCGGAUAAUCUAGAAUAACACGGUUGUUGAAGUUCCUCCUACGAGGUCGCUUCUAAAAAAAAUUCAACACCGAAAUCUUUACUUACAACAUAAAAGAAAUAUUCAAAUGAGCUGACAUUUGUAUAACACAUCACAUUUAAUACACAAACUACAAAUAUGCGUAGUGUUACUUUGUACAGUCUUGAACACUUAAGAGUGUUUCCAUUCUUUUCUACUGCAUAAUUUUCAUACAGGAUGUUCAUCUGUUACCUCAUCUCUUUCUCUACUGCCUUAACUCUGCAGGGCACGAGCAUUAUUUAUAUACGAGCAUAAUUCAUUUUUCCAUACUUAAAUAAUACUUAUUUUUGCCAACAAGCUUAUUAGCACACCUUACUUGAAACAUGAGUCUAUGUAAUUUAGUCUACAAGCAAAAAGUAUUUAGCAUUUGAGCAUGUUCAACGUAGAAUAUUGAACACCUUGUGGAACGUAUAAGCGGCUAGUUAAACAAAAUAUGAGCUCUCUUAUGUUGUUUUUUUUUUUUUUUAAAUAACUGAAAAGUAUUGGUAGCCUAUAGCAUGCCACAGCAAUAAAAAUUACAAAUUCAUUCAAAAUAAUUGUAAAUCUAUAACUCUUAGUGAUUCUAGUUCUUUGUUUCUAUGGAGUUGCCCUAUGUAGAACUCUACAAAUGAGUGCAAUGGACCCCAAGAACCCUUAAAUAUACAAAUAAUUCAACCUAUUCAUUAGGGUUUCUUAAUCGUGUCUUUAUUAAUUCAUUAAAAGCGUUUAUAGUCAACGUGAAACAUUAUAUUCAUUAAAUUUUCCUCCAUCAGUGUAGAAGAAUCUCUUACACCGUUUUAUCAAGACCUCUGUAUGUUAAUUUAUGUUAAUUUUCUGUUAAAGGCAUACCUCGUACUGACAGAGUAUAGUACCGACAUGAAAUAUUGAUUUGUUGGGUUAUUUUAUUUUAUUUUUAUUUUAUUUU